CCCCUAAAUAAUUAGAUAUUUUUAUUGAUUUUUUACCAAAAAAUCUCUGACAAAUUUCAUAUAAUAGGGCCCCCUAAAAUGUUCUUAAGACCCCCUAAAUAAUUUGAUAUCUUUUAUUGAUGUUUUUUUUAGAAAAUGAAUGAAUAAAUGCAGAAAACGAUGUCUAAUAAUAAUAAUAAUAAUAAUAAAGGAAAAAUGGAAUAUAAAUAGUCAAAUGACUCGUCAACUAAAAAUAAUUUAGGGGUGUCCCAACUUUUUCACUUCCAAUAAGAUACCGAUAUUUCAGACUUGAAAAUCAUCCGAUAUCGAUAUCAAUCAAUGAGCACGGUAUCCAUACAUACCCUACCUACCCCAUGAUGACUUGUGUGAUAAAUAUACAUGUAGUAGCUGGAUUGUCAGAUUUGUGGCUACGCUAUAAUACAUCCUGUCUACCUGGGUUACCCAAACAACGUAAUGGUCUUCAAACUGUCCUUCUAUUCCCCGUAAAUUGCACACAUACUUUGUGUGGUUUUCCCGCUCUGACUAACUUCGCUUUGCCCUUGUCUAAAAUGUCCUCCUCAGUCAGUGACAGUUGUUACAAGAACUUGGCUGAGGACAGAAGCGGCGUCAAUUUGAAGGACCUGGUCCACGAUCCAUCACUGUUAGGCGGAGUCAUCACGGCCUAUAAAAUAGUUCCGGAUGAGAUCGAUGAAAUCAAGGACACUCUUUUGGAGUGGUGUGAUGAACAGGAGCUUAAUCUCAUUCUCACAACUGGAGGAACUGGAUUCGCACCCAGAGAUGUUACACCAGAGGCGACCAGAGAGGUGAUCGAGAGAGAGGCUCCAGGCAUGGCUUUGGCCAUGCUGAUGGGAUCCCUUAACGUCACACCACUUGGCAUGCUCUCCAGGCCCGUGUGCGGUAUCCGUGGUAAAACUCUCAUCAUCAACCUGCCAGGAAGCAAGAAAGGAUCUCAGGAGUGUUUUCAGUUCAUCCUUCCGGCGCUGCCCCACGCCAUCGAUCUGCUCCGCGAGGCCACGGUCAGGGUCAAAUCCGUCCACGCCGCACUCGAGCAGCUACCCUCUCCGUCCUCCCUGCUGGCCAACGCGCACACCAACACGCACGCCCACUCGCACACCAUGGAGCGUGGCACCCAGUGUGAAGAGGAGGACAACGACGAGGAAGAGCGGCGGAGAGGUCGACAUGCGCACCAUCACCAUCAUCACCAUCACCAGCAUGGUUCUUCCCACAUCACCGCGGCUGCUAUUGCCGCAAAGACAAGCCAUGCUGUGGUCAUGGCUAAAGGGGGUCCCUAUCUGCCCGGCAACACGCCUGCCCCUCCCACUCAUUUCACCUGCUCCUGUAGCCAUGAACAACAGAUUCCGGACUCGAUCAUUUCUCGAGGUGUUCAGGUGCUUCCUCGAGAUUCUGCCUCUUUGAGCUCCACCCCUUCUGAGUCACCACGGGCCACACAGGCGACCUCCCGCCUUUCCACUGCAUCGUGCCCGACACCCAAGGUCCAGUCCCGAUGUGGCAGCAAUGAGAACAUUCUCCGAGCCAGCCACAGUGCGGUGGACAUCAGCAAAGUGGCGCGCCGCCAUCGCAUGUCCCCGUUUCCAUUGACAUCAAUGGACAAAGCCUUCAUCACUGUUCUGGAGAUGACUCCCAUUCUAGGAAUCGAGGUCAUUAACUACAGAGAUGGUUUGGGUCGAGUGCUCGCUCAGGACAUCUAUGCCAAAGACAACCUUCCUCCAUUUCCAGCCUCUGUUAAAGAUGGCUAUGCUGUACGAGCUGCUGAUGGCCCCGGAGAUCGCUUCAUCAUGGGAGAAUCACAGGCUGGACAGCAGCCCACCCACACAGUGAUGCCAGGCCAAGUGAUGCGAGUGACCACCGGCGCUCCCAUCCCUUGUGGUGCUGAUGCUGUCGUCCAAGUGGAAGAUACAGAACUACUGCGGGAGUCUGAAGAUGGCACAGAAGAGUUAGAAGUGAGGAUUAUGGUUCAGGCUCGACCUGGGCAGGACAUCAGGCCAAUAGGUCAUGACAUCAGGCGGGGGGAGUGCGUGUUAGCCAAAGGAACACACAUGGGCCCGUCAGAGAUUGGUCUGCUGGCCACGGUGGGAGUGACUGACGUCAGCGUGCACAAGUUCCCAGUGGUGGCUGUGAUGUCCACUGGUAAUGAGCUGCUGAAUCCGGAGGAUGACCUCCACCCUGGCAAGAUCAGAGACUCCAACCGCUCCACUCUGCUGGCCACCAUCCAGGAACAUGGAUACCCAACUAUCAACCUGGGCAUUGUUGGAGACAACCCCGAUGACCUGCUCUCGGCUCUCCAUGAGGGGAUCAGUCGGGCUGAUGUCAUCAUCACCUCGGGGGGCGUGUCCAUGGGAGAGAAGGACUACCUGAAGCAGGUUCUGGACAUCGAUCUUCAUGCUCAGAUCCACUUUGGGCGCGUCUUCAUGAAGCCAGGUCUUCCUACUACCUUUGCCACUGUUGACAUUGAUGGAGCACGGAAACUCAUCUUUGCUCUGCCAGGUAACCCAGUGUCUGCAGUGGUGACAUGCAAUCUAUUUGUGAUUCCUGCACUGAGGAAGAUGCAAGGCAUUCUAGACCCCAGACCUACGAUUAUUAAAGCCAGGCUUUCAUGUGACGUGAAGCUGGAUCCGAGACCGGAGUACCAUCGCUGUAUUCUCACCUGGCAUCACCAAGAACCACUGCCUUGGGCCCAAAGCACAGGUAACCAGGUGUCCAGCAGGCUAAUGUCGAUGCGCAGCGCCAACGGCCUCCUGAUGUUGCCUCCUAAAACAGAGCAGUAUGUGGAACUGCACAAGGGGGAAGUGGUGGACGUCAUGGUCAUCGGACGACUAUGAUGCAGAUUUUCACUUGUGACGGUGGUGCUCGGACCUCCUCGGGGGCAAGAAUUAAAGCAUGUCUACCUGGCCGCUAUUAGCUGUGAUGUCAUAUGCAACAGCCAAUUGGAGCCAGCAGAGGCUGAAUUCUCAUAUGUCUGCAUUGAGAAACAACAAAAAAACAAACAAAAAAAUCAUUGUAUUUCAAUGAAAAAAAUAUAAAUAUGAAAUUUAUUCUGUAAUAUGAUAUAAUUCUCCUGAUUAGAAUGAUUAUUAAUAUUCUUACUUCAUAUUCUAUUAUUAUUAUUAUCAUUAUUUUGGUAUUGAUGAUCAUCUUGGUAGUACUCACGUUCUCAUAUUUCCCGUUCAUUUACAUUGUGCAUUUUUCCUUAAUAGAUAUAUAGAUAUAGAAUUAUUUUUUUUGUCAUAAUCCAUAUAUGUAGAUACCCCCCCUCUCGCUUAAUCCACCGACCCCUGUGACUUUUUUUUUUUUUUUUUUUUUUUUACACCCCCUUCCAGGCAAGAACUGCUUUUUAUGACACGCUACAAGUCAUGCCGACUAUCCUCAAUGAAAGCCAUGCAAAUACUGUUUUUAAGGAAGUCCAUUUUAUUUAUAUAUAUAUAUAUAUAUAUAUAUAUAUAUAUAUAUACGUAUAUAUAUAUAUAUAUAUAUAUAUAUAUAGCGGCAAAUUUACAGCAUCGAUUUAUGUCCAGGCACUUUACACCUGAAGAAGGUGGAGAAACGCAAAUGGAUGUCCAAAGAUUUAAGGUCAAUCUAAUAUUAGCAAAGCCUUACCGGAAUGACAUUAAAAUAGAUACUUUUCCAAGUUAAAAAAAAAAAAAAAAAAUUGGACAGAUGUAAUAUUUCCUGUUCCGGGGUCACCUGCUUGUAGCACGUGGAAUAUUUUUGAUAAAUUCCACUUUUAUUAUUGAAUAAUUACGAUUAUUUAUAUUACUAGGGGUGUAACGGUACAUUUGUCAACAGGUCUUUCCGUACAGAUGUUUUGAUAUAUCCCGAUUCCAUGAACUAGUCUUGUGGAGUUCCUUAAAUACCGUGCAACCCGGGAUUUGGUUUAGCGAUAGUGCCAAGGACAAUCCCGAGCCUGGAAGCCAUCUUGUUCUGUUCGGGAACACUUUUCCGUGAAAAAGGUGCCGGUGUUGUUCGGUAAAGAUAAGGAACCCAAUGAUUGCAAAUUUAGACAAUAAUUGUUUAAAUUCUUACAAAUGCAUCUUUGCACUUUCCUCGCACUUUUGUAGCUUUUUAUUGUACCCUAGCAUAUUCUAGAAUAACCUAUAACCUAUACAUUCAUAUUCUAUGUCGCUUAUACUCACUCGGGUCGCAUAUAUGGUGGCCAGCCAAUCACAGGGCACAUAUAGACAAACAACCAUUCACACUCACAUUCAUACCUAUGGACAAUUUGGAGUGGCUAAUUAGCCUAGCAUGUUUUUGGAAUGUGGGAGGAAACCGGAGUACCCGGAGAAAACCCACGCAUGCACGGGGAGAACAUGAGCCGAGAAUCGAACCCAGGUUUUCCUGACUGCGUGGCUUACAUGCUAACCGCUCUGCACCGUACCAUGCUAACCAUUCGGCCAUUCUAAAACAAAAAGCUAAGAUGUGACAUUUUGACCUUCAUUGGAUUAGUUAGAAUAUCUUUUAAUGCAAAAUUGAUUAUUCAUAUUUUUUUUAAAUUUUUUUGUAGAUAUAUUUUGUUAUGAGAAUUUAAAAUUACAAUAUUGGAGAAUUACUUUUUUUUAUGUUUCAUAAAAAAAAAAUUAAGCUGCUUACACGAUAGCUUAGCAGGUUCAUAUUUAGCAUUUUGAACCGAAUUGUGGCUGCACAGUGGACGAGUGGUUAGCCCAUAGGCCUCACAGCUAGGAGACCCGAGUUCAAUUCCGCCCUCGGGCAUCUCUGUGUGGAGUUUGCAUGUUCUCCCCAUCCGGGUACUCCGAUUUCCUCCCACGGUCCAAAAACAUGCUAGGUUAAUUGGCGAUUGAAACGGUGUACCGAGUGGUUAGUGCACAGGCCACACAGAUAGGAGACCCGAGUUCGAUUCCACCCUCGGGCAUCUCUGUGUGGAGUUUGCAUGUUCUCCCCAUCUGGGUACUCCGGUUUCGUCCGCCAUUCCAAAAACAUGCUAGGUUAAUUAGCGACUCCAAAUUGUCCAUAGGUAUGAAUGUGAGUGUGAAUGGUUGUUUGUCUAUAUGUGCCCUGUGAUUGGCUGGCCACCAGUCCAGGGUGUACCCCGCCUCUCGCCCCAAGACAGCUGGUGACGACCCUCGUGAGGAUAAGCGGUAGAAAAUGAAUGAAUGAAUGAACCGAACCGUGACCUUAAACCAAGGUAUGGAUCGAACUGUGAUUUAUGAACCGAACCGUGACCUUAAACCAAGGUAUGGAUGGAACUGUGAUUACGGCGUACCGUUACACCCCUUUUUUUAUGUGGCAAAUUUCUGUUGGAAAAUAACAUGCGGUUACCAAGGAGGCGUGGCUUCACCCACAAAUGGUCAGGGAAGAAUUAUUUAAAUUAACAUUAAAGGUGCCCUUUCCUUAAAAUAAAUGUGAUUACUUCGUGUUAGCCACUAAAACUCUUUUUUUUUUAAAAAUUAUUUUAUUUAAAUUAGCAAGCAGUUUUCUUUGAUGGAGACAAACAUGCAAGUACAUUCUUGUCGCGUAAAACUAUUUACGGGAAUAUAAUAAUAAUAAUACUAACAUAUUUCUUUGAAACCCAUUUCUUUUAUACAGGUCAAAUACCACAUCGUCACAAAUACAAUACAGGGCUAGUAUUUCUGAUACUGAUAUCGAUAACGUUUUACUUGAAAUUUUCCAAGCUCAUUGAAUGAUUUUGUGAUUUUUGCCUUUUUUUAAUGUGUCCAUCGGGAUUAGAACCAGAAUAAAACACAGGUCCCAGAUUUUAGGCAAACAAUUUAACAUGAUAUAAAUACAUUAUGAGAAUGUAAAUUAUUUAUUUAUUACUUUUAUAAUUAUUUUUAUUUUUAUUUUUAUUUUUAUUUUUAUUUUUAUUUUUAGCAAAUAAGAUUAUUUUUGCCCAAUAACCGAAGCAAAAGCUUCUAUUGGCUCUUUCUCAAAUGCUUUGGCUUUUUGCCCCCAAAGCCCUCCGCUGUCCAGGUACUUAGUUUGCAAAUGCAGUAAACCUGGGAUAUAUCGGACUCGGAUAUAUCGGAAAUUCGCUCACAACGGACAGAUAAAAAAAGAACCGAUUUUUCUGUAAUGCAUUUCCAAUAAAAAUUCAUUGCAUAUAUCGGAUUUUUUAUAACGGAUUUCGCCUAUUUCGGACAAAAUCUCCAGUCCCGUUCCAAUGCAUUUCCAUGAAAUUUCCCUCGCAUAUAUCGGAUAUAUCGCCGCAUCGUGGCGCUCCGAUUCGCCGAAUCGUGACAGGCCGCUAUACGACGUCAUUUGCAGCGUUUGCAGCGUUGCCUGCGCGUCCAGGUACAUUGGAAACAUAGUCAAGGAAGUGCCUUUUUAUAACGGAUAAAAUCCCAUUUACGCAUAUACCGGAUAUAAAUCCCAUAUAUGCGUAAAACGGACAUUUUCCGGUAUACGCAUAUAACGGAUUUCGCUUAUAUCGGACAAAACCAGUGGGAACAAUUGAAUCCGAUAUAUCCGAGGUUUACUGUAAUAUAAAUGGAAAAACAUUAAUUUUCUAUGCCGCUUAACCCUCCCUCAUUAUGAUGAUUGAAAAGAACUGAAAAAUAUUCAUCUCAUCUUUGGUAUUAAUAUUUAUAUUGAGCUGCCCGCCCCCGAAAGUUAUUUCAUUGUCUUUUAUUUUUGCUUAAGGGCACCUGGACGGUGCUCGGGAAGCCGCGUAACGUGUCCCCAACCACCAGUCCCAGUCACGAACACAUACGGGAUAACAAGCGUUCACAAUUUCGAGAAUUCCAUGAAGCUAACUUGCUUGCAUGCUUUUGCGAUGUGGAAGGACGGAAAAAUAAAAGAGAAAAACACUCGUGCACACACACACACACACACAGAGGCUGACGUGCCCACCACCAGUCACAAACUCGAUUUUUUUUUUACCCCCCCCCCCCCCCUCUCAACCGCCCCCCUCGACUGCAUGCGAAAGUCAUGUCAAAUCCCUUCUUGUUUAUAAUCCAGCAGCAUCUUUGUUUUUCUCACACAGCGUCAUUUUUCAACGCAUCAUUCAGGUUCUUUAGAAAAAGCCAAAAAAAAAAAACCUCAAUCCUUUAAAAAAAAAAAAAAAAAAAAUCCUUCUCUCGCUGUACUGUAUGCAGUCCAACAAAAUGUGAAAAAGAAAAGAGUACUAGUAUUUGACCUGUGUUUUUUUUUUUUUUUUUUUUGCUAUAUAUAUCUAACAUGUAACCAACCCAAACAAGAUCCGUUUCGGUCUAAAAAUAAAAAAAAGUGGACCCGGUUAGCCGCGGUGUUUUCAUAAUUGGAAACAAAUCGUGAUUGGCCAAAUAAAAUAAAAUAAAAUAAAAUAAAAUAAAAACAGCAUUCGAUCAACUAAUUAUGUUUUUUCUUUUUAUCGAAACAAACAAUGCUGCGUUCGAGUCAUAUCGGAAUUACAAGUUUGUUUCGCUGAUACUUUUAACCCAUAAGAACCCAGACUUUUUUUUUCUUAAUGCUACGAAUUAUUGUAAAAAAUGUGCGAUAUUAUACAUGGGGCGUUUAUGGUAAACUUGAUACUUUUUUGUGCUUAGUAUCACAAAUGUACUUUGAAUUUAAUGAAGGAACAUAUAUCGAUCCAAAACAAUUAAAAGUGGCUUUAUGGGUCACGUCAGGAACAUACCAAAAUAUGUACGUGAAUAUUCUCCUUUUUAUCCAGGUUGUUGUUUUUUCCUGGCUUGACUCGAAUGCAACUGGACUCUUAAGGUUGUCUUAGGAGACGGUUGACCUCCCAUGCGAGCGGCCUUCAUCAGUUCAUGCUCAAAGACUACGUAGGACACAUCAUGUUUGAUUGACUGAGGCAAGAGCAUUGAAUUUCUCAUCUGAGCGAGAUUCAUGAGUUCACGCUCCAUAACUAGAUAGGACAGCUCGAGUCUGACGGCGGUAGCCUGACUACUAUAUGAGCUGUCCAUCUGUUCACGUUCAAAAACUAUACUAGUUUUGCCUCUCAUCUGAGCAGGAUUCAUCAGUUCAUGCUUAUUGACUAGAUAGGACAGCUUGAGUCUGACAGAGCGGGAGCAUUGGGUCUCUCAUUUGAGCAGAGUUCGUCAGUUCAUACUCAAAGACAACAUAGGGUAGAUGUAGUCUUGACUAGAGCUAGAACUAUCCACAGUUCAUGCUUAUUGACUAGAUAGGACAGCUUGAGUCUGACCAGAGCUAGAGCAUUGGGUCUCUCAUCUGAGCAGAGUUCGUCAGUUCAUACUCAAAGACAAGCUAGGACAGAUGCAGUCUUGACUAGAGCUAGAGCUGUUGUUCAUCAGUUCAUGCUUAUUGACUAGAUAGGACAGCUGUAGUCUGACCAGAGCUAGAGCAUUGGGUCUCUAAUAUGAGCAGGAUUCGUCAGUUCAUACUCAAAGAAAAGCUAGGAUAAAUGGAGUCUUGACUAGAUCUAGAACUAUCCACAGUUCAUGCUCAAAGACUAGAUAGGACAGCUGUAGUCUGACCAGAGCUAGAGCAUUGGGUCUCUCAUCUGAGCAGAGUUCGUCAGUUCAUACUCAAAGACAAGCUAAGGUAGAUCUAGUCUUGACUAGAGCUAGAACUAUCCACAGUUCAUGCUCAAAGACUAGAUAGGACAGCUUGAGUCUGACCAGAGCUAGAGCAUCGGGUCUCUCAUCUGAGCAGGAUUCGUCAGUUCAUACUCAAAGACAAGCUAGGACAGAUGUAGUCUUGACUAGAGCUAGAGCUGUCGUUCACAGUUCAUGCUCAAAGACUAGAUAGGACAGCUUGAGUCUGACCAGAGCUAGAGCAUUGGGUCUCUCAUCUGAGCAGGAUUCGUCAGUUCAUACUCAAAGAAAAUCUAGGACAGAUGUAGUCUUGACUAGAGCUAGAACUAUCCUCAGUUCAUGCUCAAAGACUAGAUAGGACAGCUUGAGUCUGACAGAGCGAGAGCAUUGGGUCUCUCAUAUGAGCAGAGUUCGUCAGUUUAUACUCAAAGACAAGCUAGGGUAGAUGUAGUCUUGACUAGAGCUAGAACUAUCCACAGUUCAUGCUUAUUGACUAGAUAGGACAGCUUGAGUCUGACCAGAGCUAGAGCAUUGGAUCUCUCAUCUGAGCAGGGUUUGUCAGUUCAUACUUAAAGACAAGCUAGGACAGAUGGAGCCUUGACUAGAGCUAGAGCUGUCGUUCAUCAGUUCAUGCUUAUUGACUAGAUAGGACAGCUUGAGUCUGACCAGAGCUAGAGCAUUGGGUCUCUCAUCUGAGCAGUAUUCGUCAGUUCAUACUCAAAGACAACAUAGGGUAGAUGUAGUCUUGACUAGAGCUAGAACUAUCCACAGUUCAUGCUCAAAGACUAGAUAGGACAGCUGUAGUCUGACCAGAGCUAGAGCAUUGGGUCUCUCAUAUGAGCAGAGUUCGUCAGUUUAUACUCAAAGACAAGCUAGGACAGAUGUUGUCUUGAUGAUAGCUAGAGGUGUUGUUCAUCAGUUCAUGCUUAUUGACUAGAUAGGACAGCUUGAGUCUGACCAGAGCCAGAGCAUUGGGUCUCUCAUCUGAGCAGGGUUUGUUCAUACUUAAAGACAAGCUAGGGUAGAUGUAGUCUUGACUAGAGCUAGAACUUUCAUUCAUCAGCUCAUGCUUAUUGACUAGAUAGGACAGCUUGAGUCCGACCAGCGCUAGAGCAUCGGGUCUCUCAUCUGAGCAGGGUUUGUCAGUUCAUACAUAAAGACAAGCUAGGGUAGAUGCAGUCUUGGCUCGAGCUGUCGUUCAUCACUUCAUGCUUAUUGACUAGAUAGGACAGCUAUAGUCUGACUACAGUAUGAGCUGCCCAUCUCCAUUCAUGUUACAUAUACAUAGAGUACAUAGAGUACAUAGAGUACAUAUAGUCCGUCUCUAGUCUGCAUGGAGGUAGAGCUGUCCUAUCUAGUCGUUUAGCAUAAACUGAUGAAGCCUGCUGGGAUGGGAGGCAAUACAUCGCCUCGACAAAAAACUUCACGUCAGGCUGUUUGUUAGCAAUUUUCAGGCUAAAACCCGAUGUUGAUAUUUUCCUAGCUUAUUUUAUACGAAUAAAUUAAAGAAAUAUGGUAAUUUUAAUAUUGUACACUUAGCGUAUUAACUAAACAGUAUGGCUAAAUGGGUUUAAAAUGACAAUAAACUGCAAAAAAAUACGCUUUUGUUAGUGAUUUAUCUCACACGACACACUGCCAUUAUGGAGAAGCCAUAUCCAAGGAUAGUCACAUGACUGUCACAUGACAACCACUUCAAAAUAUGUCCUAUACGUCACAAAUAAGCACAAAGCAGUAUUAUUAUUAUUAUUAUUAUUAUUAUUCAAGUUUCUGGGUUCUUAUGGGUUAAGGGGAUUAUGCGUAGAAGAUGUCGGGCCAUGCAUUUUGUGUAGUGUGUAAAUUUAGAAAUUCCCCGUUACCUUAAAUGCAUCAUCAUUCUAUGUGUGCGGCUUCGUGCUGCAUUCACGUCACACCCAUACAAGUGAAGGAACAUGAGUAGAUUAACAUCUCAUAUUAUCUCGGUCCAUAGUUGUGUGCUAUAGGUAAAUAGAGGUUUAUUACAUUCAAAUAAUUAAAAAAAAAAUCUAUAAUGACUUGCCACAUGUUUUGUGCAACGUAUAUUUAUGGUAAAUCCAUUAUGAUCUAAACACAACAUAAGAGCUCUUCCAGGCAGAAUCAACCCCAGAUUGAUUGAUUGAUUGAUUGAUUGAUUGAUUUUGAGUUAGAAGAAGCAGGUUAUUACUGCCUUUGUUAUCGAGUGAUUCUUAACACUGGACUGAAAUCAGUGUCACAUUGCACACACUUAUAAACUAUGACCAGCACUUGAAGCAAUUACACAGCAUUCUACUACAACUGUAUAAAAUAUAAUGUAAAGGAUGGGUUUUUUUUCUGUAAUGAUAUUAUUGAAACUGAAGAAGAAUUAAUAAAAAUUCAUCCUGAUUAUUCUGUACACCGUGUCUGGGUUCUGUUUUGUUUUUCUGUUAAAUAAAUAUUGCUUUUUGCCUAUAAACAAUGUAAGGAUAUAAACAACAUCACGUGACUCUUGAUGUGAUACCGAUACUACCGGUAUCGAAACU